GACCUCUUCUAAAUCUAUACCUUCUUCUAAACCUAUUCAUUUCUUUAUUCAUUUCCAUUAUCAAACAAAACAAGUUUCUCCUCCUUUUAUCUAAUCAACUGUUCAUAUCCCUUAAAUCACCAAUCUUUUCAACCAUUCUUCCAACUCAAAACCCCCCUUUUUAGUUGUACCAAACUUGUUGCUUUCCCACAGAAAUCUAGCCAAUUUCGAUCUGGGUUUUUGAUAGUGUUGGUUUAUUGUGUUUCUUGAUUUCAAAGGCUGGAUUUUUAGUUUUGAUCUGGGAUCUUUGCUAUGGUCUUAGUUUCUUGAAUUUGGGGCUUUUCUUGUUGUUGGGUUUCAUUAAAGUUGGAGUCUUUGGUGGUUUCUUGCUGUUUUGGAGUUUGACUUCAAUUUGAUUUGAUUUGAUUUGUCGGUUGUGGGGAUUUGAGGCUGUGAUUGUUUCUAGAUUUGUUUUGAUGGCUGUGGAUGAAUUGGUGGAGCUCAAAUUUAGGCUUUCUGAUGGUAGUGACAUUGGACCAAGCAAGUAUAAUUCUAGUGCAACUGUGACCUCUCUUAAGGAAAAGAUUAUUGCUCUAUGGCCUAAAGACUCUGAAAACGGGCCAAAAUCCGUUAGUGAUAUAAAGCUCAUUAACGCGGGAAGGAUUCUUGAAAAUAACAGAACACUUGCUGAAUCGCGGCUUCCUCUAAGUGAAGUUCCUGGAGGCGUCAUCACAAUGCAUGUUGUCGUGCGGCCCCCCCUUCCCGACAAAAAUAGUGAUAAAUUGCAGGAAAAUUCUCAGAAGAAAGGAGGGUGCCUUUGCACCAUAUUGUAACGGACGGAGCUGCUGCAGAGCGCCUCGUCUCAUAUGUUUGUAUUACAGGUUCUUGAUUGCAUUUUACAACAUUACACAUGCUUAUAGAGAGAAAAGAUUUCCAUCAUAGUUAUUGGUCUCGGUUCUUUAUUCUUGUGCUCGAUAAAAUUGAAGAAAGAUCGUUGGGAGACGAUGCAGGAGAGUGUGGUCGAGUCUAAGAGAAGUUUCUCUGAUGAUAAGGAGAAAAGAAUGUAUGAUUAAACACACUGCAAAGCAAGUCAUGUUUGUGGUUGAUUUGCAUUAUGAAUCUCGAAGUUGUAUUGUGUUAUGUAUACUCAAAUUUGUUUACUGUCUAUAUUGUCACAACUUGAAAAUAUAAUAUAAUUGGGUUGAAUUGCUCAUAUUA